UCUCUAUUCAUCGUCGUUAGUUCCCUCUCCUCUCUGCCAGCUCUGUGAGGACGUCUGAUGCGCUGACCAGCCCUGCUGUAGCCUGUCACUCUCGGGGUUGUCUGGCCGUGGACACAGACUGGACUGGACAUCCGUGAUUGUAUUUUUAAAAAUGAGCUGGUACAUUACCACACCUUUGUUGCGCGUUGAAGACACUAUAUGAACAGUGAAGGGACUUUCCGUGAACGAAGAGACUCCUGGUUUUCAGUUGGGGUUUAUUUUACGCGUAUUUUUCUGUGAAGGUUACGGAUCUUGCUCAAGAAUAAGGGCGUUUUAGAAGAUGAAGACAAGUGAAUGAUCACACGAAUAUAUGUGCUACUGUAAACCAAGACAUUGCCCUGAGUAGACCCUAACGUCAUUCCAUUGUGGUUUAACACAAAUCAGCUUCCUUGGAUCUUACUUUUGUUGUGUUAGUGUAUUUUUGCAUAAUAUAUUUUUCCCCCAAUGAUUUUUGGAUUAGCAGAACUGUAGAAUUAAUAUAAUACAGGGAAUACUCACCAAGAGGGAAGAUGGGGAACAGUGUCUAGAACUGCCAGGAGAGGAAUGCCCCAGACUGUGUUCCCAGCAGCAGGCACCAUGUUCACCCCCAGUGGCUUCAGCCCCCACCUGACCUCCACCUGCUCUGAGGCUGACCCUGAGGAGGAGGAAGGCCCCCAGGAGGCCAGAGGACCUGGGGCUUGCGUGGCCGACGGACCCCCCAUUACCUCCGCCUCUCUGGACACUCUCAUCCAGCACCUAGUGCCCACCACAGACUACUACCCAGAGAAAGCCUAUGUGUUUACGUUCCUGCUGAGUGCUCGUCUGUUCAUCUCUCCUCCUGAGCUGUUGGCCAGACUCUGUGACAGCUGCAUCAAACAACAACAGUUGGACCAGAGUCCAAUGGACACGGCUAAAGUGAGGAAGUUUGGUCCCAAGAUCCUGCAGCUGCUGACUGAGUGGACAGAGACGUUUCCCACAGACUUCAGAGAGGAGAAGAUGGUGGGCCUUUUCAAAGAUAUCAUCCACAGGAUAGCACCCUGUGAUGAGGCGUAUUGGAAGACACUGAACCAGGUUUUGCAGACACUGAACCAGAAGCUGGCAGCCAUCGCCCAGGGAGAGGAGAGCAUUGUCAAAGUGAAUGCCUCCUCAGUCUCCUCAAUCUCAGACAAGCUGGUGGGCUUCAAGAGCAAGCCUCCACCUAUUCAGAAGGAUAUACUGUCUAUCUGCAAUGACCCAUACACACUGGCACAGCAACUCACCCAUGUGGAACUGGAACAUCUCAGUUAUAUCGGUCCUGAGGAGUUUGUCCAAGCCUUUGUUCAGAAAGACCCACUAGAUAGCACUCAGCAGCCGUGUUUCAGUGAGCAGAAGAAGAAGACCACUAACCUGGAGGCUUAUGUCAGGUGGUUCAACAGGCUAUGCUACCUGGUAGCUACUGAGAUCUGUAUGCCUGCUAAGAAGAAACAGAGAGCCCAGGUGAUUGAGUUCUUCAUCGACGUGGCCAGAGAGUGCUUCAACAUUGGCAAUUUCAACUCCCUCAUGGCCAUCAUCUCUGGUAUGAAUAUGAGUCCUGUGUCUCGGUUGAAGAAGACAUGGGGUAAAGCCAAGACUGCCAAGUUCUUCAUCCUGGAGCAUCAGAUGGACCCUACUGGAAACUUCUACAACUACAGAACAGCACUUAGGGGAGCCGUCCACAGGUCCCAGACUGCUAAUAGCAUCAGGGAGAAGAUUGUAAUUCCCUUCUUCAGCCUACUGAUCAAAGACAUAUACUUCCUGAAUGAGGGAUGUGCCAACCGCUUGCCCAACGGCCAUGUCCAUUUUGCGAAAUUUGUGGAAUUGGCUCGCCAGGUGGGAGAGUUUAUGACGUGGAAACAGAUAGAGUGUCCGUUUGAGACAGACAGGAGCAUCCUCCACUACCUCCACACUGCUCCCAUCUUCAGUGAGGACGGCCUCUACCUGGCAUCCUAUGAGAGUGAGAGCCCAGAGAAUCAGGUGGAGAAGGACAGAUGGAAAGCACUCAGGUCUAAUAUUCUGGUGAAGACAAAAGAGCUAAAAGAGCACCAUGGCAGCUAACCCUCAGGCCAGCCCAAGGGAGG